AUGCGCUGUGCCAUCAUAUUGCUCUGCGUCUCCGUGGCGUACGCCCUUCCCAAGGGGGUCAACCUUUGCCUCGGGGAGGACAAUCAAACCCACCUUUGCAAGCGAGGAGAAAGCGCUGAUAAGGUGCUCGACCGUCGAGAGCCUCUCAACGUUUGCCUUGACGCCAACGGCAAGACCUAUUAUUGUUAA